CCUCCCCUCACUUCUCUUCUUGCAGCUCUGCUCUGCUGCAGACAUGAAGAGCAACAACAGCCUGAAUUCUUUCUACUUUCAGUUCACUCUGUUUGUAGACUAUGGGCCCCUCAGAUAUCUGCUCUUCAGUCUGUGUAUGUUGAUCUACAUGACUAUAAUCUCUGCUAACGUUAUCAUUACCGUGAUAGUCUACCUAGGGAAGUCUCUGCAUCAGCCCAUGUAUAUUUUCAUCUGCUGUCUAUCUUUUAACUCUGUGUACGGCACAGCCGGCUUCUUCCCCAGGUUUCUGAUGGACAUUCUGUCUGACACUCAUUUGAUCUCACGUCCAUCUUGUUUCGUUCAGCUACAUGUUAUUUACAGCUAUGCAGCAUGUGAGCCGCUGAUUCUCGGCAUCAUGGCCUACAAUAGAUUUGUUGCUAUUUGCCAGCCCUUACACUAUAGAACAUUUAUGGUGGUGAGAUAUCUUGUAAUUUUUGCCGUGCUCUACCCUGCAUUUGCUGUUGGUGUUUGUGUUUAUCUUACUGUUCGAUUGCCUUUGUGUGGAUAUAAAGUGCACAGGCUUUUUUGUUCUGUGGUCCACCUGUCCUGUGUGGACACAACUGUGAACCGCAUAGCAGGUAGUGUAUUUACCACAACAACCACCUUCCUCCCCCUGUUCUUUGUCCUGUACACCUACUUGCAAAUUCUGCUAGUUUGCAGGAGAAGCUCAUCUGAAUUCAGAGGGAAAGCAUUACAAACCUGCCUGCCUCACAUAGUGACAUAUGUAAUCUUUUUCUUCUCUACAUUCUGUGAGCUUUUGCUGAGUCGUUUUAAGGCUGAUGAAGUUAGUCCAAUUGUUAUUGUUGUUUUAUCUCUGGAGUUUGUGAUCAUUCCCCCCAUCAGUAACCCUCUAGUUUACGGCCUGAAUCUGCCUCAGAUCAGAGGAGUGUUUUUUAGAUAUUUUAAGACACAGAAAAUGGUUCCUGCUGCAUAA